UGUGUAGGCAGCGUGAAUAUAAAGUAAAAGGAAUCUGGUGCUUGGGUAUUUAUCUUUGUCCAGUCAAGAAAAUUUAUUGUGGCUAUGUGCUGGCCAUGAAAGCUAGGUGCUUGCAAGUUGUGUCUUUCUUCAACUCGUCGGUCUUUGGAGUAUUUGGUCAGCCCUACCCAUCUUCUUGAAUAAAAGGCUUGCUUUGAUCUUGCUAGACUUCCAGUGUUCUUGUUUCAUUGUUGGUGAGAUCUUGAAUUUUCACCUUUUUCCUUCUCUUUAUACUCGUUUCUAAGUAGCUUCAUGUUCAUUGAUCCAUGUACCUUGUUUUCUUUGUAAACUCUGAGCACAGUUCAGUUUCAUAGCAUUGAGAUCAAAGUGGGAGCACUUCACAUUUGCUGAACUGUUUGAUUUAGUUCAUAGUCAGCAAAAGAGGGGUGUUCGAUGGAUAUGCAUGAAAAGGAUCAGUGUCACUCACUCAAGAGUGAAGAUAAUUUGGAGUAUAGCAAUCCUGGAAAUUCCUCAUUUCUGCUACCAAACAAUCCCUCCAUUAGGUCAGUUUCCGGCAAUUCUUCGGUCACAAUCGGUCAAGCAAACCAGAGUGGUCCUUUCUCAAGCUCGUCAAUUCCUAUGGAUGAUCCAUUUAGCAUUGGCUUUUGGAACCAGUCUGCAAAACCUACAGACUUGGAUUUGUGCAAAAACAACUCGCCGGCAUGCAGCAAUCCAGUAAACGGAAACUCGAGUUUGAAUGUGGAAUGGAAUUCUUCAGAUUCAUUUUCAAUUGGAGGAACUCUACUUCAAGCUGCCAAUCUAUCACAUUUCCCAGCUGACAAAGCUUUUGCUGGGAGAGCUGCAAGGUUGUCAUGCUUCACUAAUAGUAGUAUAGAUGGCAUGAUGAGUCCUUUUAGUUUGGCUCAAUCGGCAAGUCUUUGUGCUAAUGCUACAUUAGGUGAUGAAUCCGGAGCUCAGAUUGAAAAGAAUAAAGAACAUAAGAAUAAUUUUGAUGGCGUUGUUGUCUCGAGUGAUCAUCCAUCUUCCUGCAUAGCUCUUGGUGCUGUGAAAAGAAAGAGAAACAAUGAGGAUAUGCCAUUGGAUCAAGCACAAGAAGCUUCACAUGUAUCUCGGGAAAUGGAAGAGAAUUUGGAGUUUGAACAGAAUGCUGAGCCAAAUAGUCCAUCUGUUGUCACUGAUAAGCCUAGAGGAAAGCAAAUAAAAGACAGCAAUGAAUCUUUGAAGGAUGAAUUCAUUCACAUCAGAGCGCGGCGCGGCCAAGCGACAAACAGCCAUAGUCUUGCAGAAAGAGUAAGAAGGGAAAAGAUCAACGAGAGGAUGAAGCUUCUACAAGACCUGGUUCCUGGUUGCAGCAAGGUCACAGGAAAGGCAGUAAUGCUCGAUGAGAUCAUAAACUAUGUUCAAUCACUGCAACAACAGGUCGAGUUUCUUUCCAUGAAGCUCGCAGCUAUUAAUCCAAGGUUGGGCAUUGACAUAGAUUCAGUUCUUUCUAAAUACCUACUUCAGUCCUAUAAUGGCACAUCAGGAGCCAUGGCUUUCCCAUCAAGCAGUGUUCAUCCUCCAGUGCAUACAUCUCAGCAGGGUUUGGUCCAACCUGGGUUGCAAGCCAUGGCGAACCCUCCCGACUCGCUUGGAAGAUCCAUGAAUAUCCAACUGGCUGCAGUGCAUGAAUAUAAAGAAUCUAAAAUGCAGGUGAGUAAUUCAUGGGAGGAAGGGCUGCAGGGGGUUAUGCAGAUGGCAUAUAGCAACAAUGUGAAUCUCAAUGCUCGUGGACUUUAACAGUAAAACCACAGAAUGUGAAUGAAGUAUGGGACUGAGACACUGUGACUAUUGCUCGUUAAAUUGAAGCUUCAUACUUCAUAUUCUUGCAAAAAGAUCCAAUUCCAUUCAAAGACUUUAUAUGCCUUGUGCUUGUUGGUUAUAGUAUUAUCUUGUGCUGGAAAUAUACAA